AGCGCCUACGAUCGUCCGACGGCGAGGAUGUCCGCGUCAAAGAUCUCCGUGUUCGGGGAUCCCUGUGUCUUUGUUUUUCCCGUCGCCUCGAGUCCGCGAUAUCUCGAGGAAGAGACCUUUCACGUUUCUACGAACGAUCCAUCCAUCUCGUCGCUUCUCGCCGGGUGUCCUCGUCGUUCUCGUCAUCGCGAGAUUCACCGAAGGAGAAAGGAGGAGGAAGAAGGAGAGGAAGAGGACCACUCUGUUUUACCGUACGAUUUAACCGACUUUCCCGAUGAAAUUUCGCUCCAAUAAUCCAAGCAUCGUCUUUCCUUCUCCGUCGAUUCGUCUUCCUUCUUUUUGCUUGUAAAUUUUCUCUCUCUCUCUCUCUCUCUCUUCCCCCUCCCCCCUCUCUCCUCAACGGUUUUUCGCGACGAGACCUUGGUAAGAAAGUCACGUGGUUCGCCGGUUAGUCCAUUGUUUACAGCAGCUUAUACGACCGUUCAAAGUUACGCGUUGUUGUUGAUAGGCGUCGAACGUUCUGUCGACGAGUGUUCGCAAUAUGAAUAUUCGUUUGUUUGUCCUUCGUUGAGAAUAAUCAUCGGAAAAAGUGAAAUGCUCGUUUCGUAGAACGUUGAGAAGAACGCGAAGAAGAAUCAAUCGAGAACGUUGCGCGGUUCGAAAGCCACAGAGGAAUCUUCGUUGCCCGAUAUUUGUACUUUCUAGAAACGAACGGGCUAUCGUCACUUCGUAAAAGUGAUAGAUCUUGGAAAACAUUUAGACGCAAUAAAUCGAGAACGAUCGCCGUACCUUUUUCAGAUAAGAAGUGCAGCACGAGGAGGGAUCAAGAAGGAACUCGUCUUCGCACGACGUUAAAGGCCAAGGCUACUGCUGUUGCUGCUGCUUUCACCGAAGAGCUUCCACUGGAAGAGAGAGAGAGAGAGAGAGAGAGGGAGAGAAAGAGAAAGACGGACGAAGGAAGAGAAUGAGAGAGUGAGAGGAAAGACGACGAGUCGGCACGUGGGCAAGCCAAGAUCAACCGAGGGUUUGUUGUGCGUGGUGGUGAAAGUGAGAAAGAAGAGUAGAAAAAGAGAGAGAGAGAGAGAGGUGUACUUUAUUGGCAAAGACUGCUGGAUUGUUUACUUUGACGACGAGCUCGAAAGAAAUUUUUACGAGCGAGACUAGCGUGCGAGGAACUCGGAGAGGAGUAGGAGACUGAGGAGAGAGAGUGAAAAAAAAGAGAUUCGAGAAGAAAAGUACGAAGGAAGAAAACAAUAGAUUUUCGAAGCGAGUGAAGAGGAGGAAGACUAGCAAGGAGAAGAAAUUUUACGAGGAGCUCUUCUCGUGUAUACAGAUCGUUCGCUAUAAAGUUCUUCAUAAAUUCUGGAUGAUUUAUGAGCGUUCCACCGAUCGAUACAUAGGCGUGGAAGAGGACAAAGAGAGAAGAGCGCGAAACGUCCUAGCUAUGGUGUAAAAGAGGAACGAAGGUGGAGAAAGAAAGAGAGAAGAGAGAAAAAAAAAUGAAAAUACGAGAAGGGAGGAGACAACUGUGAGGGCAAACGUGUUUCAUGCGAGGCUGUAAGCAUAAAAAAAGGAUACUACUUCAUCGUCUAGUCGAUUAAUAGAAAUAGAGAGAAAAAGCGAGAACUUGGCCGACGGCGAGGGUGAUGCUCCAGGUGAGCGGAUACAACGAGCCCUGGGUGGCCCUUUUUUCUUCCUCUUCUUCUUCUUCUUCUUCUUCUCCUUCUCUUCUUCCUAUCUGCUCCUAUUACCUUUCUCCUACUUUUCCAAUCUCCUUUCUCUGUGAACGUUAUCGAGAAAGAAGAAGAACCAUAAUCGUCGCCGUUGCGUCGAAUCGAAGCGAAGAAAGAAAACGAGUAAUAGUAACGUCGUCGUCGUCGUCGUCAUCAUCAUCAUCGUCAUCGUCGUCGUCGUCGUCGUCGUUGUCGUUCUCGUUAUCCUCGUUCUCAUCGUUGUUGAGAAAGAAAAGUCGAAGGACAAAGAGUAGGACGAAGAAAAGGAUCGGAUCUAGUAAAGGCAAAAGAGGAAGAGGAAGAUACGAAGAAGAAGAAGAAGAAGAAGAAGAGGAAGGAUCAAGAGGAAAGAGCGCCUCGUCGAAAACGGCGCUCUUGUUACGGUGGCGAUAGGAGGGAGUUAUGGUGGCUCGCACAUGCAAUGACUGUGGCCGCAGCCGUGGCACUGUGGCAUCGUGCCAACCUCUACAAGGCGAUGGCCUGCGUCGUCCUCGCGCUCAUUGCCGUUCAGUAUCUUCUAAGCGGGGUACUGGAUCGUCGAUCCAUCGAGACCAUAUUCACCAUUAACGCUACGAGAUACGCCGAUCGGACAUACAGGAACCAUCCUCGUGGAUUGAUCAUAUACGGUCCGGCGACCGUGUCUAGCAUUUUCAGAGGCGGCAACAACAACAACAACAACAACAACAACAACAACAAUGUCUCUUCGAAAAUGUUCCUAUCAAGCGGCAAAGGGGAUAAUGGUGGAAGUGGUCUCGCAAACAUUACCAAACCCGAAGCUGGAGUAUUUCCGACGAGCAACGUCGUUGGGUUGCCUCCUGGAAGCCCUCAAUAUGCCUCGAAUGCCACGAAUAACGCGACGAUUCAACAAUGUCCGCUUGUAUCUCCGAAUCUCGUUGGUCCAGUGGCCGUUAGUAAAAUUCCACCAGAGAUAUCGGUCAUGGAAAAAACGUUCACCGAGGUGAAUCCAGGUGGAAGAGGAUGUCCAACGAAUUGCGUAGCGAGAGAUCGCGUAGCCAUAAUCAUUCCGUUCCGUGAUCGCCCACAGCAUCUGCAGGCAUUACUCUUCAACGUGCAUCCGAUUCUCUUGCGUCAGCAAAUCGAUUAUCAGAUCUUUGUGGUCGAGCAGGAAGGCACCGGAGCGUUUAAUCGAGCGAUGCUGAUGAACGUCGGUUACGUAGAGGCCUUGAAGGAGAGGACGUUCGAUUGCUUCAUUUUCCACGAUGUCGAUUUACUUCCGGAAGACGAUAGAAAUCUGUACACCUGCCCGGAACAACCCAGGCACAUGUCCGUCGCCGUUGAUAAGUUCAGAUACAAGCUCCCGUAUGCCGAUCUUUUCGGUGGUGUUUCGGCUAUGUCCCGAGAACAUUUUAAACUGGUGAACGGCUUCAGCAACGUCUUUUGGGGUUGGGGUGGCGAGGACGACGACAUGGCAAAUCGUAUAAAGGCUCAUGGUUUGCAUAUAUCUCGUUAUCCUGCUAACGUAGCUCGCUACAAGAUGCUAACGCACAAGAAGGAGAAGGCUAAUCCAAAGAGGUACGAGUUCCUGAGAACAGGGAAGAAGAGAUUCGCGACGGAUGGUCUAAGCAAUCUUCAAUACAAGCUGAUCGAUAAACAAAAGCCGAAAUUGUAUACGUGGCUUUUGGUACGACUGACACCACCGCAGCCUAGCUGAUGGCUACCAUGGAUCGGUUGAAGGCUACGGGAACUUCUUCUCACGGCCUUCCAAAAUGAUAUAUACAGAGUCCGCUUUCUUUUUCAGAACGUUCCUUCCUUCUAUUUUAUGACAAAGGCCCGAUAAAACUCGCACAGUGAGAGUCGAAGUAUCCGUGAAGCGUGCGUUCUGUUGUAUUCUUUUUUUUUCUUAUUUCUUUUUUUUUCUCUUUUCUUUCUUUUUUUUUUCUUUUGAACGUUCUCUAAAGAAAAAGAGAGAGAAUGAACAAGAUGAAGAAGAGAGCGAAGACUUCGAUCGGUAUGUUUCGUAAUACGAAAACGAACUUCCGCACUGUUGUUGUUGUUGUUUUCGAUUGUAUCCGGCGUGCGCGUUUAGAUAACUCGCGUCUAUUACUAUUGGUUUCCCUUAUAAAUCGUAGCACCGUGAAGGGUGGCGACGAAGGGGAAACGUCAUUGCGUGAUAUAUUUUUAUUCCUCAUAUUUUUUUAUUGCAACGAUAGGAUAGCGAGUGCGAUUAAAGAUGUAACGAAAGAGUUGACGUGCCAAAGGAGAGAGUGAAAGUGAAUCUAAGAAAGAAGAAUGAGUAUCGAGGAAGAGAGAGAGAGAGAGAGAGAGAGAGAGAGAGAGAGAGAGUGUGUGUGCAUGAAAUUUUUAUUAAAGAGUGCUUGAACGACGGUGAUUCGGUCGGACAAAAAAUUUCUUAGAAUUAAAUAAAACAAGAAGUCGUUCACGUUAUCUCUGGACCUCAUUCCGAAUCUUCCUCAUUAGAUUGAAAAAACAAGACAAAAAAAAACAAGAAAAUAACAGAAGAUAAUACCACACACACACACACACAAAGACAAGAACACACAAAAAAGAAGAAACAACUUUUUCCAGCCGCGGAACGUCGUCUGUCUACUUAAUUAAGCUAUACGUUUAAAUAACUUUAGGAUACGCUUGGAAAAAGAAUUUACUUAGCUUAUAAUUAAUCGUUAUAUUAUUAUAUAUAUAUAUAUACACAGACACACACACUUCUAUUUUGUUAUAUAAAAAAGUUUUGUAAACUCGCGAAUGCAGUGUCCACCGAUACCGUGGACGUUCGGUUUACGUCGUGUCGCUCGUUUGCACGAGAUAUCAAUGAAAUAUAAUAUCAAAUGAGAUUAAAAAAUAAAAAGAGGUAGAGGGUAGAGAAGAAUAGAAAGAAAGAAAAUAAUGAAAAGGAAUGAAGAAAAGCUUCCUUUUGGAUCAUCGACGCUUCCAUUUUCCAUGAUUCACACGCAACGCGAUCGAGAGGCAAAAAUUCAUCGCGUGAAUUUACAAGUAAUAUAUACGUACGUAUAUAUUAUAAGAUAUAAUAGCAAACGCGUAAAUAUAAUUAUGAAGAAAAAAAAGGAGGAAGGAAGAGGAGAGCUAUGGUAUGAGAGAGGUAGAGCGCGGGCGCGUAUGUAAGUAUGUGUAAAAGACAUUAAUUAAUGAACAUUAAGUCAUUCGCGUGCAGCUAAUUGUUAAAGUGCAUUCUUCUUAUUCGGCGUGUAUCAUCUCGAACUUGUCUAGACCAUGAAGUAAAAGAAACACAAUAUCUAUAAAAAUUUAUCGACACAAACUGAUAUCCUUCGCGAGAGCUGAAAUACCGUAGAUCUCUUUGGAUCGAAAUAAAAAAAAAAAAAAAAAGGGAAAAAAGAAAAAAAGAAAAAGAAAAAAUCUUUGACAGAUUGAUGUAGAAUUUAUUUUUGUAUUUAGGGACGUUUAUUUUCCUAUCUCUCUUUUUCUCUUGUCUUUUAUGUUAUUGUUUAUUGUUAUGAGAUUGUAUAUAUAUAUACAUUAUACGAAAUACGUAUAUACAAUCUCUCUCUUUAUUUUAUUUAUAUAGAUUAUUAAUGUAUAUAUGUAUAAAUACGAAAAAUAUUAGAAAAUAUUUGUUGCGUUUAAUUCUAAUGAGAACGAAACUUUCGAUUCGAUCGUACGCUCAUCAGCUCUUGCGGCUUUUCAUCAAACGCGUGAAAACUAAUAUCGAUCAGCAAAAACGAAAUAGCGAUUAAAUCCAAAUACGAUGUAAGUUAAAUUGCUAAGUAUUUAUAUAAACGUAAGCAAUUCUUUGAGAUAUACGAGACAAGACGUAUUUAACGUAAACGCAGUUACAUACCACGUAUGAACAGAAAAACGUAUCGUCGUUCACAUCGCCAAUUUAUUAUUAAAAUACAAUUUAUUAAAAACGAGUAAUAUUAUAAAGAAAAAAAAAGAAAAAGAAAAAAAAAUACGCAAGAGACGAACACGAGGAUCAUCGUCGAUUCUAAUGAUCGCCAUUGGCGAAUUUCUGUUCCUCCUAUUUAUUUCGCAAAUAUCAACAAAAAAAAAGGAAAAGAAAAAAGUAGAAGAAGAAGAAGUAGAGAAAGAAGUAGAUUGUGUUCGGUUCGUAAUUUGAACGUAGAAAGUAUGUAUACAUCCUCGUGUACGUAAGUUCUUGCCUUUUCUCAUCUCAAUUUUAUGCGCGUGAUGUAAUAGAAGAAUAAAUUCUGUUAAAAAGAA